AUGGCGACCGAAAUUGCCCUGGCCGCCCUUGCGACCCUGCCUACACCAAUACUCGUCCUCUCCUCCUUAAAGACUGUCCUCCUCGCGAAUUCGGCCGUGGGGAGGUUAUUGGGAGCCGAUCAAAAUGAUCCCGACUUCGAUGUGACCGACUUCCUCAAGGGCCAGACGCUGUCCCAGUUGGGGAUUGACAUGGUCUCGGAUGGCGGCGUUCCAAUAUGGGUUAGUUGGGAAAGAUUUCUCGACAACCUCGCCAGUGAUUUGCAGUCGACUGCAGGAGAUAGACUGUCUCAACGGACUUCCCUACACGACGUGCAGAGCAGAGAGACGCCUCCUGUUCCAAUAUCUGAGGCCGCCGCUGCAAGAGGUAGGCCGCAGUUGCAGAGGCGUACUGAAAAGCCUCAGGACACUGUGGUCGAUGUGGUCAUCUCCUAUCCUCAUGACCAGAUGCCAUCUCGCAGUCGUCGACAGAGACAUAAUCAAGCCCAUGGGGCUGUCCACACCACGUGUCGAAUGAUCAUCAGUAUCUGGGAGUUGCAAGGACAACGCUUCUUCACUCUGACAUUCACAAGCUCCGCAGGGCAUCCCCCCAACAAACCAUCAUCACUCUCAUCAGGCACUACGCGUCAUCCGUCGUCCAAUUCAGCCAGAUCCUCCCGUUCGUCGCAAUCGCAGACACCUGCUUCCUCCUCUGACACCUCUCAAAUUACGUCUCCUGUGGAACAGCCCUCCAUGGUUUCUUUCCCUCCCGUCGCCCCUCCCGCGCAGUGUUCGGUUCCCUCUGCCCCCACCGACUUCCAGAAGGUCCUGAAGAUGAAGAACGCCAUGUUGAGUGCGAUCGAAAUCCCACUCAUUGCCAUGUGGAAAGAUGAGAGCGUGGUUUUGCCAAACCUGGCUGCUCGAAAGUUAAUGGCAGUCGAAACCGAUCCCACGUCAGAUGAGUCGUACGACUUCAUGUCACGAUUUCGCCCGUGGACUACAGAUUUCUCGCGGGAGCUCCAAGAGGAAGCCAAUCCCGUCCUUGCUCUGUGCCGUACUCAGCAGCCCUUCACCAACUGGCAGAUUGGUCUACUCAAUGAGAAGACGGGCAAAAGAUCAAACUUCGAUGUCAGCGGGCAUCCUGUUUAUGACGAAAAGUCUGGGGAAUUUCUGGCAGGCUUGAUAGCCUUCAAGGAUGUCACAGAGUAUACCGAAAGGAUUGCACACCAGACAGCAGAAAAUGAAGAACAAUUUCGCCUCAUCUGUGAUAUGAUGCCACAGAUGAUCUGGACCACGAGGGCGGACGGCUACCACGACUACUAUUCCAAAAGAUGGUACGACUACACUGGCCUGACACCAGCCAAUUCAUUGGGCCAGGGGUGGAAACUGGCUUUCCACCCAGAAGAUAUGCCUGAAGCCACGCACAGAUGGCGUCACUCCCUCGUGACCGGGGACGAGUACAUCACGGAGUAUCGCUGCAGAAGAUUCGACGGUCAAUGGAGAUGGAUGCUUGGGAGGGCCUUACCCAUGCGUGACCAUAAGACAGGCAAGAUCCUCAAAUGGUUUGGUACGUGCACAGAUAUCCAGGAAGUCGUCGAUGCCAAGUUUUCUGGACAGAGGGUUCGACGGCAAUUGCUGGACGUGUUAAAACACUCGCAAAUGACCAUGUGGAUUCUCGACAGACAACUGAAUGUCACUUUUCACGAGGGUUCCUUCAUUAUGGGCGAUGCGACAACCGACAGGAUCGUUGGGGUCCCUAUCCUGGACGUCUUCCGUGAGCGCCUGACCCCGCAAGCGAUCAACAAAUUCAGGAAGGCUUUGUACCGUAUUUUAUCAGGAGCAUCCGAUCUGGAAAUCUGCGAGAAUGAAGUGAAUUCUAGAUGGUUUCGAUCCAAACUGGUACCGCUCAAGGGUAAAACUGGCCCCAAUAGAGUGGAGGAUGAAAACUAUAUUGCUGGGGUCAUUGUCAUCGGAUCUGACGUUACGUCGUUACGCCACAAGGAACAGGAAAACAUCAUAUUGCUUGCGAAGGAGACGGCAGCUAAAGAAGCGAGCAAGAUGAAGAGCAGCUUUCUCGCCAACAUGUCUCAUGAGAUUCGGACGCCAAUCGCAGGAGUGCUGGGAAUGUCAGAGCUACUUAUGGAUACCUCCCUGGAUCUGGAACAAAGCGAAUUCGCCCAAAACAUCCAAAGAUCUGCCAACUCUCUUCUCACGGUCAUCAACGACAUUCUGGACUUCUCCAAGAUCGAGUCCGGCCGGCUUGAUAUCGAGGAAGUGCAGUUUAGCCUAAACCACGUUCUUCGUGAUGUUGCCAAAAUGCUUUCAUUUGCAGCUCAACGCAAGGGACUCGAGUUCAGGAGUGCCAUCGACCUCAGACCAUCCGAGGAACUCAUUCUGUUAGGUGACCCUGGUCGGAUACGACAGAUCCUGGUCAACCUUUUAACCAACAGUAUCAAAUUUACUUCGACGGGCUUCGUGAGGUUGAGCGCCAACAUCGUUGGUGAAACCACUGACACAAUUACGAUUGAUUUUUGUGUCGAAGACAGUGGAAUCGGAAUUGAAGAAGAAGUCAAGAAGAAACUGUUCACGCCUUUCAGUCAAGCCGACUCAAGCACUGCCAGACGUUUCGGAGGGACCGGGCUCGGGCUGACCAUAUGUAAAAACUUGGUAGACCUGAUGCAUGGGACGAUUCGUCUGGAUUCCAAGCUCGAUACAGGGACCAAAGCCAUCUUCAGCGUCCCAUUCAAGAAACUUGAAUAUCAAAAUGGUACUCCCAUAACUGAGCUCGAAGUCGGCUCGAUGCCUGACCGUUUGCACGCCGACUUGUCUUGCUCCAAGGAUUCAUCAAAAGAAGACACUCGGAAACAUCAGAAGAUUCUCGCCCUAACCAGGUCAUUAGGAGAUAUGAGUGUAGGUGGUGAUCACACUCAGGCGAUGUUGUCCAUUUCGGGGAUCGAAACUCCUGUCCCCGAGCUUGAGAGAGAUCAGAUACAUAUACUCGUUGUGGAAGAUAAUCCUGUGAACCAGCAAAUUGCCCUCAGGUUCAUCAAAGCUCUGAAGUUUUCUGCUAUUGCUGUGUGGAAUGGCAGAGAGGCUCUAGAGUAUCUUCUUCAAGCCACCUCGCCCGACCUCACCUUGGAACAAUCACAGCAAUAUCCCAUCCCUUCGCUUAUAUUAAUGGAUGUUCAGAUGCCUGUACUGGAUGGGUACCACGCCACACAUAUACUCAGGCAUCAUGCACCAUUCACGGACAUCGAAAUAAUCGCGAAGAUUCCAAUUGUGGCCAUGACUGCUUCAGCAAUUCAAGGUGACCGAGAAAAAUGUGAGAAGGCAGGAAUGGACGACUACAUGGCCAAGCCUGUCAAACGGGCUCUCUUGGAGAAAACUAUAUUGAAAUGGAUAUCCAGAGCCCGCAAAGGUUACAGGCAUCGGGAAUGGUCAGAAGCUCCCAUAGGCCCCCAGAAACAAUCCUUCGGAAGCGGGUGCACCGACCACUCAUCGAUUUGUGGCAAUGCCGAUGCUAUUGCCACUGAGUUCUACGCUCGGAAUGGCACAUCAAUACGGCUGCCUAGUUCGACAGAUGCACAGCUGCGUGCACCGACAGACGAUGCUAUUGAUGUGAACACCAAAGCCGCUACGGUCCGAUCCAAUCUUUCCAGGGCCAUUCUUGCCGGGGAGAUCCCUGGAGGCGGAACAGAAGGAGACCGAACAAUGAGGCGGGUCGAGGCUGAGGACAAAGCACAAGCACUCCGGGACGCCAAGUUGUUGUCGGUGACCGAUUUGAAUCGUGGCCGGUGUAUUAUUGCUCCUACAAUCAUGGUCGAUGGCGCGUUUGAGCCCAGCUCUCACUCGUCCGAUCAAGCCCAACCGGUUUCUGGAGCGGGCGGACCUUUGACAACAUUGGCUUUGACAGAAGAGAAUGUGUACCUCUUCAACAAUACACGAGACAACGGCUUCAUUGCUGCGGGAACACCUCCACCGGACACGAGGCCUGAGGGAUUUGUUUACCCUCUCUCAGAUAUUCCUGGACCACCGCCGGAGGGGACUCUUGCAGCAGCCGACCUGGCCGAUCCUGAUGUUCAUGCCGAAGUCCUGGGUUUAUCGGUUGUGGAAACGGCAAAGUCUUCGCCGUCCCACGCGGGAAAUAACACAUCACCUGCAGAAGCAGGAAGUGACCGAUCUCAAAGCCGACGAGAUGUGGGCGGGCUGGAUCCUGACAGUCGACGGAGAAGCGAUUGGAGCAUGAGCACAGCGCGACCAGCGAAGGGUUACCACGAGCAAGAAGGUGAAUGA